GUCAUUUCAAGAGCAUCGCGGCUUUUGAUUCACUCUCUCGCAUACACGACGGCCGCACAUGGCGCCAGCCACCAAUACGAGGAAGCGACACCGCAAUUCCGCCGCUGCCGCCUCCACAACCACCGCCACCGUCACCGCCACGGCCGCCGCCACCGGUCCCGCCUCCCCCUCCGCCAUCAGGCGCGUCUCCUCCACCUCCUCCUUCACCUCCGGCACUCCUGCGCCCGCCUCCUCCCCCUCGCCCUCUCCGUCCUUCAACGAUUCUUCCACCGCCGACGUCAUCCUCAGCCUCAACCCCCAGACCUCGCCACUCGACGCCGGGGAGUCUUCCUCCAACUUGGACUCGAAACACUCCGAUCCCGUACAGAUCCACCUUCACUCCUCCGUCCUCCACCGUUCCCAAUAUUUCGACGCCCUCCUCUCCGGCCGGUGGCAUAACCGCGAACCCUCCUCCCCCUCAGCCGACGUCCUCCGCUGCAACCUCCCCGUCUCCGGCCCGGUCCACGCGUAUGUGACCGUCCUCAGCCUCCUCUACACAGAUGACUUCUCCUUGGCGAUCACCUCCGCUUCCACCGCUCUCGAUCUCCUCCCCAUCGCGUUGGAAUUGCUCUUCGAGGACUGCGUCAAAUCCUGCGUUAAGUUUCUCGAAGCCGUGCCGUGGACCGAGGAGGAAGAAUCCAGGGUUAUGAACCUUACCCCGUUCCUCAAAGACGAGGAAUCAAGCGAACUCCUCUCUAGGGUUUCGCCGGAAGACAAGGAUUCCUGCGAGGAAAUGCUCUUCGGAUUAAUCCAGACCGCGUUCAACAAACAGACGAACACGGCCUCCUCCAAGGCCCUCGUCGCGAAGAUCCUGAGGGAGAUCUCCAACCGUGACGUGGCACGGAGAGUUCUCGAGAGAGCGUUCACGGAGUGGCUCAAGGUCGUGAAGGAGUCGUUGGAGGAGUAUUCGAGUCCGGACUUCAGAGAGGAUCAUGACGAGACGGAGGCGAUGCAGAGGCUGAACUUGCACAAGGCAACGACGUAUGGGAGGCAUCUGUUGUGGUUGGUGGAGAGGAUGAUCGAGUUGCGGGUCGCGGAGGCCGCAGCCAAGGAGUGGAGUGAGCAGCCAAAUUUCACCGCCGAUUUGCAGAAGGCUUCCAUGGACGAUUCAGGGAGGUACCUCGUACCAGGCUUCCCGGCUGUGAUCAUGCGAUGCACGUUGAAGCUUGCUCAAGCGAUUGCUGCGGGGAAUAUUUUGGCUGCUAGACAGGGCUUACGACUAUGGUGAUUCGAAUUGCUUUGUCUUGUUCUGCUCAUCAAGAAGUUACCUUCUUCAACUGGGAAGUGGGUUCAUGGAAAUUCUUCGAUUGAUCCAUAAAACUGUUUUGGCUUUCCUUGAAAUCUGGCUGAAUCUGUUCGAAUGCAUGGUGGUGGUGUGUUGAGAUGGCAAUGAGUUAUGAUUGUGGCUUUCGGUUGUGCUUUUUAGGCUCGCUGAUGUCUUCCUACGGUAGCAGAGGAUAGUUCGGUAGUCCUAUAAGGUCUUGAUGCAUAACCUAUUUGUUUGAUAUCCGGCUUUUAUUGGUGGAGUGUAGCCACUGUAGUCAGGAUCUGAUAUUCAUUACUGUUCAAGAGUGUUGAAGCUUAACCAUAGGAUUGAUAGUGGAUAGAGGGGUGGCCAAUGUGUUAAAAACAUUGCCGACUGCACGUGUGAUGGAUACAUAAUCUCGAAAGGAUUGUCUCGAGGCAUUUGUUGCUGAACAAGAUUGUGCCGGACGCUGCGCACGAUCCCGUGUCCAUGUCCCAGCCUUCUCUGUCUCUUAAAACGUGAGGAUAUUUUGACUGAACUUCUGAAAAAGAUACCAUAACCUGCUUGGUGGUUGGUUAUUGGAAUGAGCCUCUAUGGGGAGUUUCUUUAGUAUUGUUUGAAGGUCCUUGUUUCUUUAUCUACUGUGUGACAAAGAACAAUGACAUACUACAAACUGGACUCAACUUUUGUAAACAUUUUCUUACAUGUGAGUUGAGAACGACAAUAGCUGGUUAGGGAUGCCGGUUUUUGUUAGUUCACUGAGUGGGAAGCUCUAGUUAAAAGAUGAUGCUACAGGUACUUGUUUUCUGCUUAAAAGCGAGAAACGUGCAUCUGUUACCAUGUCUCUGCAUGUUAGGUAAUAUGCAAAUUGACUUUUGACUUAAAAUCUCUGUUAUCAAGUUGAAUUUCGCUGCAAUAAGCGCAUCUUCGGCGAAGGCGCACUAGUGUGCAUGGCUUAGAUCUUACGCC